GAGUGAAUUUUCACUGGCCAAACGGUUCGCAUUCGGUCACCACCGCUGGGAGCGCUCUCAUGCUCCGGUUAUUUUUAUAACCCUCCGGUAGUGGCUUUUCUUUUCCCGAUACUGCUACUGACUGAAAAUUCCUUACCCGAACAGCAAAAAAAAAAACAAAAAAACACAAAACCUCCCUGUUUUGGAAAGCCCAUCAGGAAAAGCAGCUAAGCUAGGAAGGUGUCCAACAAAUCAGAAAAAAUUAAACAACACAAAAGAACAUCAAACUCAUUGCGUGUGUGCGUGCGUGUGGUUGUGCGUUUUUGGAGGUGUGAAGAAGGUUGGAGUUUCGAGAAAGGGCAGUUAAAAAAAAAGGUAAAGAAGGUGCUUGACAAAAUUUGUGUGACAGAAAAGCUUCCACUGCUGGCAGGAAAGCAGCAAGUGCAAGAUCCUGCAAUUGUUGGUGGAUAUGAUCUAGUUUGCAGCGUUGGUGCGUUGCUAUCGUGGAAAGCCCUAGUAACCGUCGCCUUUACGAUACGCCUGUGUGUGAACUUUUGUGCUGAAAGGAUUCUUCGUUCUUCGCGCAACAUAAACCUUGAAGCUUGCUAGUGGAAUGUAGUUCAAAUCAUCCCAAAAGCCGGAAGUUGUACCGUUAAAGAAGUUGCAAGCCUCGCAGGGAAAAUGUUAUGUACAGCUAUAAGUGCGAACAUUAAGCUUCUUUUUGGUUGCAAUGCGUUGCGUGUAUGUGAGCGUGGGUGUGUGUGCGUGUGUUAAUGUGCAUGUUGGUGAAUUUUUUUUUCGGUGCUGAAUCCGUACAGUUUCUUCUCGGUCCAGUUCCAUGGCAGUUUCAGGCACAGUUGUGUGUUAGUGAUUUUGUUGGGAAAUUUUUCAUCCACUAACUGGCCACGGUACGGAACAGUUGAGGGUGGGUGGGGAUUGCUGAAGAAGAUGUCGACCCGGAUUGCUACGACUUGUGAUGCAUUUGUCCACGUGUGUAUGUGUGUGUGUGUGUGUGUGUGUGUGUGUGUGUGUGUAUGUGCUCCCAUUUGUGGCUAUCUCUUGUGACAAGUGGGUAGAAAAGGUUUACGGGGAAAAUUUUCCUUUGAGGAAUUAAGAUUUUCUUUUGCUAUGUUUUUUUUAAUAUAAAGAGAAUUUUCAUACAACUGUUUAGGUUAUGAAAAAAACGUUAAAAGAUAAGAAUUUCCACUAGUGUGAAGAAAAAAAAACUCCCAGUUCAAAGAACUGGAACAGAUGAGAAGCGAAAAGGUGCGAAGGAAGGGACAGCAGCAGUUAAAUAUCGAUCGUAGGACUUUUUUUUGCUGUUGCUGUUGUGUGUGUUGCUCUCUCCGAAUGCUAUGAAAACGGCGAACAGCGAACAUGUACGCACUCACGGCCUCACGUAAACACACGACUCAUCACAUUUACACACACAAACGUACACAAACACACACGCACACCAAGCGUACUGGGUAGUAUUCUCAUUCACGUGAAGCCUAAAGGCACCACGAUUUUCCUAAGCGCCACCAUGCGGGAGUAAAGCUGCAACAACCGAGUGAGGUCGUUGACGGUAUGGUUAACGGCGUCUGUCUGUAUGUGUGUGGGUAAUAUCGUGAGCCUAUUAUUCUCUCCCUCUCUAGCGUCAGAGCGAGUGUGUUAGUAGGCGUCGGAAUGGGAUGGAUUUUCCGGCGCGCAUGCACGCAGCCUACUUUGGGAAUGGAAGAAUUUCAUGAUAAGAAAAUGCUUCGGGUGAGCAACAAAAUAACGAAGAAAACGGCAAAGAUGCUCUCCGGAAGGGAGCGUUGGAAAAAGAGAGAGAGAGAGAGAGAAAGUGAACGAUAGAAAAAAAGAGAAAGAACUGAUAGAUAGCGUGAGAACGAAAGAGAGAGAGAGAGAGAGAGAGAGAGAGUGAAAAGGAGAGUGUGUGAAAUGGGAAGGGAAAAAACACGGAAAACUCGAUGAAGAUAUACAUGAAAACCCCUUUUUUGUGACGAAGGUUUUCUAGCGAAACGUUGCCUGUUCUUGCCUUUGCCACAGCUAUGGUGUCACGUGCCCUGCUAGCCCACCACCAUAGGUCCGGGGUGUUUUGCUGUGAUGCAUCAGGACGCCUUAUGUGCAUAAGGCAAAAACCGGAAGAAACGUAGCGAAGGACGCUGCAAUUCCGACACAAGCGGAACUAUAAUGCUUGUAGAUGUAGGCCAUCCGUAACGGGAAACAAUACCGUAGGAGAAGACAAAAAAAAGCAUACAUACAUGCAUCCAUUAGCUGGUAACGAAAAGCAUACACUCAGGUACCGGGCGCCUCCAUCAACCGGUAAAGAUCUUGUCCCAGCAAACUGUCGCUUCUUUCGCGGGUUGUAUGUUAUUUCCUGCCGUACGUCACAUUGCACAGGGAGCUUUUUUUGUUAUUAUUUGCCAAUUAUCUGAAGUAACAACGAGGCUACGAUAGCAUUGUUUUUGAUGGGUGAAGCUGGUGAAGUUGGCGGAUCGGAACAAAACAGAGAAAAUCAACAUUUGUCUGACAGAAUAUGAUGUGCAUGGGUGCUGUAGUUGGAUGUUCUAACUCGCAAGAAAUGUUUCGUUUACUGGAAAAUAGCAACCUAACGUGACAGGUGUGAUGGUUUGUGUCAUGAGGGGUUUUUGUUUUGUUUGUUUGUUUGCCGAAUGUUGCUCUAAAUAAAACACAAUUCGAGGAAUGAAGGAAGGACACUAGCAACGAAAGAGAAAGAGGAAGAAUUGUCGAAGGUUCUCCCAUGUAGGUAGAAGAGCAAAUGAGGUUUUAUCUUCAGCGUUCUAUGCUUCUUCCUUAGCGAGUUUUGUACGUAAAAAUAGACCCAGUGGGUGCAUCAUGUGACAUCAUUUCCUUGAUGCUAUUCCAGUUCAUCCUUGGCUUCAAUAUUUCUGCUUAACUUGCCAUGGCUAUCGGAUGUCCAUCGUUGCGUACAUGUUUCCAACGACGAUCUAGAUGAACUCCCAAUUAGUCCCAAUUCCCAAUUCUAUUAAUUAAAUCGUUUGCUUAAUUAUCUUCGAUCUGUACCUCACAAUUGCUCCGUCCUGACUCUAUUUCUCAGCUGGACACUUUCCGGGAAAAAGGAAUUGAGUAGUCCUCUCCCUCCACUAAAGACAAUUAGAUUAAAUAAUUAAACCCAACUAACAAAACUGCUGUGCCCUCUCGUCUACUUGUUCGUCUACCAUUGGCAGCAAAAGGCCCAAAGAUCCGCAAGGCGUCCGAUAUACGAUAGAGUGAAGAUUUCGUCUCCGAUUAGUGACUGGGUAGGACGUGUGUGAUCAGUGCGCCAGUGAUACAGUGGGUCGAUGUGAUGUGUGGGUACAGUGUGCCAACCAGCCGUGGCUGCACGCAAUGUACGCGAGGAACGCGCCGCUCAGAAUGAGGAAGGACCCGUGCCGUGUGCGAAAGUGUGCGCAGCAGCAACAGUGCCAUCGUCGAUCGGAACCUCGCUCGGUCGUAUUGAUCGGUGGUGGUGGUAGUGGUGGUGGCGGUGGUAGUGGUAGUGGUAAGCUUCCCAGUGCGUUGGUAGCUGUAGACGGCGUCCAUCGUGACGCCCGACGUCCCACGACCAUUGGGUGUGUGCGCAAUCGAAUCAGUCGUCAAUGAGUCACGUUCGUUCCAACCAGAGACUUCAGGAGCCGUACGAGCAGGAGUGGCAGCAGCAGCAGGAGCACGAGCAGGAGUGGUACCGUGGUAGUAGUGAGCGUAGUAGCGAGGACCGGUCCAGGUCGUCGCAGCAGCUGCGGCAACAGCUGCGGCAACACCAGCAUCAGGAGGACGAGGACUCCAUCGAGGAAGUGGUACGGCUGCAUCAGCAACAGCUGCAGCAGCAGCAGCAGCAGCAUCAGGUCUACUUAGGGCCGGGAUCCUCAUCAGUUCGCCGACGGUCGGCCGGUGUGCAAGUAGGGGGAGGCGGCUGUACCGGGGGUGCCGCGGGACGGGGCUUCGUUGCGGCGGUGGGCGGUGUUGUUGGGCAGGGAUUCCUUGCGCUACGACGCACGCGGGUCCGAGCCGGUUGCGCCUCAUAGCACGGCCGGAACAGCGCUGCCAACAGCCACAGCCCGAAGCUAGUCGUCGUUUCACGCGCCCGACGUAGACUAAUGCAGUGGCGGAAGUUCGCACGGCUGAAAACGACUGCUACCGGACAUUCGCGCACGCGAAGAAUGCUUUGUUGUGGCCGAAGAAAGGAAAAUGGAAGAUCCGUGCCUGACCUCACUGCAAGCCCCGGGCGGGCACCGCCGGGUCCGAUGCCUUCCCACCAGGCGCAGGCACUCCAGCAGCAGCAGCAACACCAGCAGCAACAGCAGCAGGGGCUGCAGGGACACCAUCAGCAGCAGCAGCAGCGACAGAGUUCGAAGGAACCGGUCCUGCUGCAGGGUGACUUCCGGAAGGUAUCCGGCAUCAGUUCGGAGAUCUUCCGGCAGAUUGAGGCGGUGGAAAAUGACCACGAUCCGAGUACCGCGGCCGCAUUGGAGGUGGUGGAGCGAAGGGGAGAAAUGAUAGUUCGCAUCCUGGAGCCGCGAUGUAUGGGCAGUCGGCAGGCCAUCGAUGCGGGGCAGAAGUUCCUCAACAAGAGUGACGCUAGGCACACGGUUCAGCUGGUGGAGAUCGUCAAACGACCGGGCCAGACACUGGGCUUGUACAUCCGCGAGGGCAACGGUGCCGACCGGUCGGAUGGUGUGUUCAUAUCUAGGAUAGCUUUAGAGUCGGCCGUUUACAACAGCGGCUGCCUGCGGGUUGGUGAUGAGAUUCUUGCGGUAAAUUUGGUCGACGUAACGCGGAUGUCCCUGGACGAUGUGGUGAUCAUCAUGUCCAUACCGCGCCGACUCGUGCUGGCUAUCCGGCAGCGGCGUGGCAAUCGUGGAGCGAACUCGCCCGGUCCACCACAGAUGUCACGCCCGGAGCAAAAACCACCGCCAGUCGUCGUAAUCAAGCGUGAUCUGCGCGACGAAGAUCUGGACGAUUCGGACCGGGCACCACGUUCCUCACGGUCGUCGCGCGAACGCCGUACCGGUGACGGUCGCGAAAUGACCGAGUCGCGGUCACGUCUCGGACUGGGCCUAAACAAUUACAGUCCGCAAAGUGAACAGCUCGAUCUGUAUUAUGGUGGUGGUCGGGGUCCAGGCGGUGGCCCGGUCGAAACACCUAGCUGGGGCUACAAACCGCCGGCACCGCCCUCGUCGGUCAUCACGGAGCAACCGAAAGGGAUGCACGGUGGCUUCCAGACAUCGCACUCCUACUACCAGAAUGCUGGCACACUCGAAAGUCUAGCGGAAAAGGUGCACGCAUUCUACCCGUCGGCCACCACUAGCCGCCGAAUGUCGGCGGGCCCGGCCGGAGUGGCCAUGAGUCAAUCGCAUCAACGUUUCCCACGCAGCGGUUCCGAUCAGCAUCUGCCGCGUGUCGAGUACGCGGACUAUGCUUCUCUUGGGCGGCAUCCUUUGUUGGCACGAUCCAGCCUAAAGUCCGAUCUGGUCGGUGCGGCACCGAUCGCGGGUGGCACGCUUGGACGGUACGGGCGUUACGAUGCGCCACCCCAGCCAAGCCGCGGUCCAAAGUACGGUCCAUCACCACUGGGCGCGACUGCCUCACUGCAGCGCCGAUCACGUCCCGCACUGGACUAUUCCAGCGAUACGGAAGCGACCAUCGGACCCCGGCCAAGCUACUACUACUACAAUCACCCGGCAAUGGCAGCGAGUGGUACGAUGGGCCGUGGCAGUACGCAGGCACUCGGUGGCGGGCCCGAGUUUGCCAAGUUUAACUCGUUACCGCGCGAACGGCCCGGUGCCGCACGGUUGGGCCUACGGGGGCGUAUCGCCGACCGGCUGCAGGACGAAGCGGAUGGUAAUGUGUCCGCACCGGAGUACUCACUGCCAAUACGGCGCGAUAUUCGUGACCUGCGCAAUCGCAUCACGGCCAGCCCGUCGAUCUUCACCUCGGACGAGUAUCGAGCGUGGUUAAGGCGAGCACCGAGCAGUUCGGCAAUCUGCGAGCAGAUGCGCGCUUCGCGGGAUCUUCUCAAUCAACAGCGCGCCCACCGAUUCUCGUGCAGUGCGGAAAACAUCCAUGACGUGCUGAAGAACACCGAACACAUCUACAGCAGCCGUACGGGGCUUGGUGUGGGUGGUGGUGGUGGAGUCGUCGGUGGAACACUGGACCGACACUCGAUGGCAGCGGGCGGACCGCGUAUGUCCUCGCUCCCGGUACGCUCCCUUUCUUCGCAGCACAUUGGCGGACCGUCCUCGAUUCGAUCGCCGAGCGUACGCCGCAUGCGACAGUUGCUGGAGCUAACGCAAGGUGCCGGGGUUGGUGGUGUGCCGGGCUCAGUAGUGGCGGCCCUUACCGGCCAUCAGAGUCCGGCUCCAACGCCCAGCACAACACUGCCGAGAGCGCACCGUCAGAUCGAUAUCAAUCCGGCUGAGUACACCAAGUACAAGCUGGACAAACCGGUCGUGGAUGCGGUCGGUAUGUCGGGCAUGCUCUGGAUACAUCUGCUGGCCGGGCGUGGUUUGCGCGCGAUGUCAGAAACGUCCCAGAUACAGCAGCCACUCAUACGCGAUCUAUACUGUGUGCUCGAGUGUGACCGUAUCCACAAGGCACGGACCGUCGUACGGUCGGGCGAUCUGCAGUUCGAUUGGGACGAAUCGUUCGAGCUUGAUCUCGUGUGCAACAAGCAGCUGGAUGUGCUCGUUUACUCGUGGGACCCGCAGCACCGGCACAAGCUGUGCUAUCGUGGAGCACUAUCGCUCACGACCCUGCUACGACAAUCACCGAUACAUCAGCUAGCGCUUAAGGUUGAACCCAGAGGUACCAUCUAUCUGCGACUCCGGCACACGGAUCCAUUCCAGCUGUUCCGACGUCGCGGUCUGCCAAGCCUCCGGGGCAACGUUCCCGCUCUGUUCGGUGCAGAUCUGGAGACGGUAGUGACGCGAGAAUCGAAGGGAGCACCCGGCAGUGCUCCGGUCCCUAUUAUACUGCGCCGCUGCGUCGAGGAAGUAGAACGACGAGGCUUGGACAUUAUCGGUCUGUAUCGUCUUUGUGGUUCGGCCACCAAGAAGCGAUUGCUGAGAGAGGCAUUCGAGCGGAAUAGUCGUGCGGUGGAACUGACACCGGAACACGUACCCGACAUCAACGUCAUUACGGGCGUGCUGAAAGACUAUCUCAGGGAGCUGCCGGAGCCACUGUUUACCAAGUGUCUCUUCCAGAUGACGGUGGAUGCCCUAGGUGUUUGCCUACCGGAUGAUCCCGAGGGCAAUGCCAAACUUAUGCUCAGUAUUUUGGACUGCUUGCCACGAGCGAACAGGGCCACACUCGUAUUUCUGCUCGAUCAUCUGUCGCUGGUUGUGUCCGCAUCCGAGCGAAACAAAAUGUCUGCCCAAGCAUUGGCGACGGCACUCGGACCACCGCUGAUGCUACAUUCGGCAAGCGUCGGCGCGAACGAGGAGAUCGAUCACGCACAACCGAUCGCGGUGCUGAAGUACUUGCUGCAGAUCUGGCCCCAGCCGGGUACGGGCCCGGGUGCACCUACUUCAGGUCGGCGCGGCGAGCCAGUCGAGCCGCGUGGAAACAAAGCCAGUGCGUUGCCAGCGGGCAAAUCGGUGGCGGCAUCGCCGGGGCUGCAGCUGGGCAGCAGCAUCAGUCACCGCAGCAGCAGCAGCUCCAACAUCCAGCAUCAGCUGCACAGCACCAGCAGCACCAACUUGGCGGCGGCCACCAGCUCCAUCAGCUCCAGCAUCAGCCGCAGCCCGCACGCCCUGGCCAGCAGCAGCAGCAGCAGCAACAUCCAGUCGUCGGUACCACCGUCUAUACAGCCCCGUACAGCAGCCAACAAUCCAUCAACCACAUCCUCAACGCUCGGUCAGCAUCUGCUCUCAGCCACUCCCAGCACUCUUCAGUAUCAAUCAGUAGUGGCUCAGUUAGCUCAAUCGCAUCGAGCCUUGCAACAAGCGGGCCAACAGCCCCAUCAAUCGGAGGUCUCAGCGGGCUUGGCGGAGCGCGUCCAAUCGCCACAUCACGCCACACCCUCCCCAAGCUCUAGUUCCACUUCGUCCGCAUCCGGUUCUGGGUCGGGUACUGAUACAAUAAAGCGUGGAGCAUCACCUGCUUCGGUAAAGUUCAAGGAGUCUACCAGCAGCUACUCCCUAAAGUCUGACACGCAGAGUCGCAUACUGGCCAAUGCGCGACAGCAUCAGCAAUCUACUAGUGCAUCCUACACGAACGGUGGAUCCACCAGUAAUGGAGGCAUCGGCACCACAGCUACGACUUCUUACGCAACCGAUCUACUACAUGCCAGAACUAGCGGGCUAUUUGCAUCUUCGGCCGGUUCCGACUACCUAUCGUCAACGUCGUCGAUCGCAUCCUCGGUUGCAUCGUCAGCGGCCGGUGCUCCUACUUCCUCCGCCGCGUCCGUUGGAUUGUACGGGAAGGUGGGCGCAACUUCUGGCGCCGUCACUUCCACACCGCUGACCAGUACGCUUAACAUCACCACGUUCAGCUUGGACGAGAAGAACAAUCUGGUAGUGUCGCCGUCACCUUCGUCGGCCUCGGAAUCGUCCUACCGGUCGUCUAGUCCGGCGUCGAGUAUACAGCGUGACAAGUCACCGAACAAGUCGGGUUCACCGUCACCGUUGCGCCGUCAGGAACCGCUCGAUCGUGCCGAUAGUUUGCCUUCCACCGGUACCACCUCCUCGUCAACGGCGGCCACCGUAUCGGCGACUCCAGCGACAUCGGCAUCUACCGGCGGUAGUUCGUUUAUGUCGUCGCUGCGCAGUCAAACGCUCGGCAGCUACCAGUUCCCGUCGACCAGCCUAAAGCUGACCAGCCAGCUGAGCAGUGGAUCGUCCGGACAGGAUGUGUCGGAUGAUGGCAGUACAUCGUCACUGUUGCGCAAACUAACCUCGUCACUUUCGCGCACGAUCGUAAGCAAUACGGGCACGUUACCGUUAUCGCUUGGGCGGGAAAAGCUGUCGGAACUGGCGUCGACCGGUUCUGGGGCCGGAGCGACCGGAGCAGGUAGUAGCUCAGCGGGUGCUUACUCGAGUAGUAGUGGUAUUGGUAGCAUUAGUAGCAGCAUUAGUAGCAGCAUCGGUGGAAGCAACAGCAGUAGCAACAGCGGCGGUCUUCGUACGAUGAGCAGCUCGCUCGGGUACACGGGCAUUGGUAGUGGGUCGUCGGCACUGGAAGGUGGAUCGUCCGGGACCGGGUCCAGCUCGGUAACGACCGCUGCCGCCGUCACGAGCAUGAACAUCUACGGCACGUUACCCAAGAACUCUUCCAUCUAUUCCUCGUACGGGGUCGGUUCGGGUACGUCCGUGAGUGCUUCUGGGGGUGGGCUUUCGGGAUUGUUGUCCGGUACGACCAGCUCGUACGGUAUCAGUGAGCGUCUGCGUGCGCUCACGACGGGUGGCAGUAGUGGUGUGGGUGAUGGAUCGACCGGCGGUUCAACCAGUAUGGGCGACAGUGGCGCUACCGGUUCGUCGGCGGGCGAUCUCGAUAGCAGCGGGUAUGAUUACGAAUCGUCCGGCUUUUCAUCCGCCUCGUACAGCGGUAUGGCUACCAGUGGGACCUCGAUCGGGUCCGGUGGUGGUUUGUCUUCAUCCUACUUUAGCACCGGCAGUAACAGUAGCCCAUUUGCUACGGUGUCGGGCAGUGGUUCGGCUGGUACAAAGGUACCGGAUACCAACCCGUACCGGGUACAGUACGCCUCCACCAAUCCUUUCCUCCCUAGCUUCAACCCGACGGGGGACGGUAGUAAUGGUCGCGCAGACUCAAAGACAUCACAAGACGAUGAACCGUUCGACAUGAAGUAACAUACAUUAGCACACCAAUCACCAAAAACCAGGGUAGGAAGCAAAUAGGAACCAAAAACCCGUCAGUAUUACCAUGACAAACUACCAGACAUUUGAUUUUGUUGCCGAAUAAGCGGUAACUCGUUUAAGUAGAUUUUUAUUGAAAUGUUACAAGUAAAAAAAAAUUGAACAGAAACGGUAGGAAAAAAAUGGACAGCAAUCAGCUCUUUAUUCUCUUUUAUUGCUAUUGAUAAUGAAUAGGAAGUACUAAAACGUUGACAUUCACUCACAUACACGCAUACAAACGUUUGACCUAAACAUUGUAGUUUUAUUAGAUGAUUGUCAUUCUUGGAGUAUAACUCGAUACAAUUUCGGUGAAAAAAACCCAUCUACAACAAGCUAGCUGUUAGUGUGUGUUUUUUUGUUUUACCGUUUGUUUUAUCUACACAGCUAUGUUCAUGUUAUCAUUGUUGGAGAAUUAUUAAUGUGACAUUUAACUCACCUAUGAGAUCGGUCGAGUUUUGUGUUGCCUGAAAAAAGGAGUUAUAGUACAGAAGUAAACGUAAUAGAAAUAAAACAUCCCCGAAAGUUAAAUAAGAAAUUUAGCAAAUGAGGAAAUGAAUUAGUAAAACGUAUCGCAGAUAAUUCGUAAUACGGAGGAAAACAAAAAACAACCAAAACGUAAGCAUAAUACCAGAAAGUGAAAAGUGGAAAAAAGUAUGAAACAAGCCAACGGAAAUGUUUAUUCCUCAUGCCAAGCGUAUUGGCAUUGAGAUGAAGCAAAAUAAGAAGAAAAUAGAGAAACAAAACACAAUACUUAAAUCUCGCUAACGGAAACAUUAACAAACAAACAAAAAAACACUCAUAGAACAAUUUACGUAUAUUCGAUACGCUUUAACCGUGAAUGUGGAUGAAAAGCAAGUACUAAAUAGUGUGUGCAAACAAUAAUAGUGUGCUUGGUCGCGUGAAUGGUCGCUCUUAAGGGAAAAAAGCAGUGCAGAACGAACGUUUCUUAACCAAAUUAAGGAAACCAUUCAAGGUAAAAAGAAAUCAACACAAACCGCGUGAAUACACACUCCAACCGUAUAGUCUAAUAAGGUAAAUAAGGUAUAUAUACAAAAGGGAAGAAAAUGAGGAAGUGCAAUAGUAACAAAACUCAAAGGAAAUAAUACAACAGACGAAAACAGAAAACGGAAGGAAAGAGAAAAGAGUAGCCAUGAAUGGUAAAAAAAAGAAGACAAAUUAGAAUGAGAAAAGUAAAGUUUGAAAAGCGUGUGGUAACCAUUUCGGAAGAAAAGACACAUACAAUAAUAUACAGUGAAACCGAACAAGACUAACACUUUUACCGUUUGCCAUAUAAUUUCACUGUCCGGACAAAACAGCACGAAUGCUUUAGUGUUUGAGUGUGUGUGUCCAUUAUGACAGCUGGAAUUAGUGGCGUUUGGUGGCUUAGUAAGCGAAAACAAUUACAAAACGAAGCGCAUACAUUUACACAUUUACAUUUAAAGCCGACAGUCGAAAGGAACACGAAAGAAGAGAAAACAAACAGACAAACAAGCACCCUUAUUGCUUGCUGCACGGUUUAUUAAAAUGUUAGUGUGUUGAAGAGAAAGGUGAAGAGAAAUGCGCGACAGAUAAGGUUAAAAGAAGGACACAAAUAUUAGGAGCAAGAUAGAGCUUUCGUUUCAUCUUAUGAUUAUGCUAUGGUAGUCGACACGGCGUCACGAUCGACCUCAAAAUGGGUGAAUCUUCUUCAUCCCGUCGAUGUACUGUGUGUCGGUUUUUUGUGAAGCUGUAUAAGCAUAACACAGUUAGUAACAUUAGCAAAUUUAGAAAUCGAUCAAACCGCGACGUUCGUGUAUGAGUGUUGGUUAAGUUUUGUUAGCGCAGUGUGUAAUGUAUGUUUGUGAGAAGGUUUUUGCUAGUGAACUGCGAUAGUGAAAGCGCGAUCAAGCACGAGAUGUUGUAAAUGUUGAUUUUGUGUUUUGUUUCUUUUUCUUUACUUUUUCGUACAAUUCACUGUAAAUAAUUAACAAACGGUACGACCUCUGUGUGGAAGGUAAUAGAGAGCUGAAAUUGAGAAGAGAAAAAACACAACAAGCAACGAAUAGCAGUUAAACAAGAGAGGAAGAAAAAAAACAGGAAAUCAUACAUACAGGAAUGAUUAGGUAUCAUUGUAUCAUCGUAGAAGAACGCUACUGUGCUAGGUUAUUCUAAAGACUAAACACCCAUACUACAUCAUCAUUGUUUUCCCUUUUUCGAUGUCGAGCGAGUACAUCUAAAUCGCCUAUAGCGCCCUAGACAGCACUAGAAAAUGAUCCUUUGCGAGUACUAAUGCUGCGCAUUUAAUGUCAAUUUGAUGUCAUGUUUAAACAGGUCAAGGCUUACGACAGGAAUAGAAAAAAGGAUGCACAGAAGAAGCAGGAACUGGUGGUGAACAGCUAGAUAAUAUUGAGGGUAUUUUGUUGCUUUAUUGUUGUAUCUGUUCAUUUCUUUAUUUUUUAUUCUUUCUAACAAGAUCGCAUAGAGGCAGUAGCAUUUUCUCAAAUUAAAUAUUUGGGUUUUUUGAAAAUUGUAUCUACAGUCUAUUGCUAUUUCUUCAUUUACGUAAAAAUGUUUUCCGUUUCGAAGAAGAUAAGUAUUGCCUAAGAAUUGAAGCUUGAAAUGAAGAGGUGAAGGAAUUGCAAGGAGAUGGUACGAAAGAUGGCCAACAAACAAAAAAACAAGGUAGCAAGCUGCAACUUCAAUAGACACUCUUAUAAACGCGUAUAUGAAACAAAACCCCGACUCGCUGUAAGCAAAACGGACACAACUGUAAACAUCUUGAAUCAAAAACUUUUAUCUCCACUGUGCAACAUUUAUCCGGUGCCGCGUCCCCAAUGGCACACUAUUUAAUCACGGAAUCGUAUAGAAAGCUUUCACGUUGUUUGGUUUGUGUGCCCGUUUUUGGUGGUUUACCAUCCGGCACCGUAAAGUUGUUGUAAAAUGAUAGUUAGGUUUUUUGCAAACCUCUUGAAAUGUGUGUUGCAAAAUGAAUUGUUUUUUAUCUCGUUUCUACGGAAUGUUCCACAUGUAGCUGCUACACGUUGAUGACCCGAUAUAGUACGUCCGCGUGAUGUUAUGUUUCAGUUCGUUAGUUUGUUCGUUUGUUUCCCUGCGAAGCGGAACAUACGAGGCAAUAUAGGGGAGAAACUUUUCCAAAAAAUGAUCAUUACAAUUACGCAAAAGCUUUAACAAUAUUAAUAAUAAUAUAGCGAAGGUACGAAGUUGUAGUAAUGUGGAAAAAGGGGAGGGAGUUUUUGCAAGCAAACAAACAAAAAAAUAACUCUCCCAAAAAAGGAAAUCUUGAUACGUGCUUGGGCUUGUUGAUUGUGCUUUCUUCUCAUUCGGUAAAUGGAAAACCCCCCCCUUAAAAACACCAUAACCAUCGUCAUUAGUAUCGUCGUACAUUCCGUAGGAGAAAACUCCGAACUCGUUACGAACUAAUAUACUUAAAACACUCGCUAUAGAGUCUGUAAAUAUGAGUCAAUUUCAUUACGGACCGGUACCCGUUUAGGAACGUUACGGCGAGUAAAUGCGAGGAAUUUAACUGACUCUAUAAACGUAUAAACGGACAGGAAAAAAGCUGCAACACAAACACAAACAUUUAAAACCAAAACACUAAACUCGGACGGACGUAAAGACCUGUUGUUAAAGCGUGUAAAUUGGACAGGGUAAAAAAUCCUGUAUGGUGGCAAGCAAAACACACACAAACACAACUACGAAUUAACUCUACUAUCCAUUCAUCUAACAUUUUAAAAAUAUUGUAACUCAAAGUCAAAUCAAGUCCCGUUUUCGUGCUUUAUGGAGUUUGGAGUAGCUUAGGACCUUAAACACCAACACAUACAAGUAAACGAAAUACAAGAAAGGCAAACAAACACAUUCACACACACAGGAAACAUUAAGGAACAAACCGAAAUCACUUAAAAGGAGGAACAAAAAAAAAACAAAGUACGAAACGCAUAACCAUUACUAUUCCAACUACCGUUACUAGCCGUUACUAACUUGUGGCAGGUGUUUUGCAACCAUUUUUUAAACUCAAAUAUUAUCGCUUACAAAGGUGUGAAGGUGUGGAGGAAGAAGGUUGGUGGGUGGAGGAGUAAGGGAGUAAGGGAGGUGGAGAGGGUUGAAGUGGGGAUGAAAUAGCUAAACCAAUUAAUGGGGGGUGUUUUUGGGGUCAAAUUUGGGACAACUUUAAAAGCAAAAUCCAAAAAUGCGAUAAUGACCCCAUGUUGAACAGUAUUUACGAACUGCCAUUGAUGUGAUUGGGUGAAAUAUAACUCCAUUACAGUCACAUUCACACCAUCAUCAACAAUUGUUCGCACAACGAUUCAUCAUCGAACGAACUCACAACAAAACUAACCAACGAGAAAUCGAUGGGAAUGGAUAAUGAAAACAGGGAUAUCUACGCACACUAAUCGAAUCCUGCUAACCACCUUCGCCUCCCCUUUUUCCCUUUCCAUAAGGACAUUCAUACUGGAACUGAGUCACGUGUCCGUGUAUGGAAAAAUAAAUACUGCCAUUAAGUGUGGGCAAGGAUGAAGCUGCCACCAAUUGCUGAAUGCUGAAAAUCGUUCCCGGUGAAGGAGCUUACUGUCGUAAUACGGUCGAACGAUGACAACCAUUAGAAAGCCGACCAAUCGCCCCAAAAGCUCUCCGUCGUAUAUAUGUCCACUUUGUCGUUGUUCACCUGUUGCUGCUGCUGUUCUUCUGUUCUGCUAAUGUGAAUGCAAAACAAGGUGUUAAAAACUAAAAAUGUUUUAUUCUGCGCAUGAUGCUGAAGCGGUAAAAGACGAGGUGAGGUAAUGAAAAUGCUCCAUUAGACAACAGCUGAUUUAUAUUGUGUCGUAUUCAAACACCGGAACCGUGCACUAUCUAUCAAAAUUCCCGAUCAAAAAAAAAACACAGAUAGAACAAAAAAAGAGGAAUGAGAGUAAAAAAAAGGAAAGAGAGAAGAAAAAAAACACAUACACACCGAAUAUCAUACCGUUUCAUAUCGUCAAAACUCUACAAAUCACAUUCUUACACACCGUUUACACAGCUCCCGGCAAACGAACUGGUGAUGAGAAUGAUAGGUAUCAAAUAUACAUAUAUAUGUACACAUAAUAUAUAUAUAUACACAUACUUAUAUAUAUACAUACUAGCAAGAGCAAAAUUCAAGUAAUGAAGAAACAACCCAAUCAGCAAAAAACCAUAUGCGCGAAAAUACGUAUUUCCUUUUCGGUAUGCACGUAAAACAAGCAAAAACAAUAGGAAAAAAAAAAUGAAGCAAAAGAAAACAUAACCAGAAGAAAACCUUAUUGGAAUGAUCGUUGGAUACGUUUCCAGCAUGUGCUUCGGUAAACGCUAACAAAAGGGCACGUGCCGGAUUUUUUUGCUAUGAGUUUUAGGAGCUUUUUACAAAUGCACCAUCAAUGCAGCGGAACAGCGAUAGGUAGGGAAACACUACAUAACGUAAGGACAUAAUCGUACACAAAAUCGUAACCAUUAUCCACCUGUAGAACACGGCACCGUUACCAUCCGAUAGGGCUCCCUGUUUACCCGUGCAGGUUUAUGUGAGGCACUCAUUUUCUUUUCUGUUUUUGCUAACUUCCUCAGUUCCUUCAUAAGGCAAAGGAGAGGAUAAAGAACGGGAAACAAGCAGAGAAUGUACCGAAAAAAAAAUUAAUAGCCCGAUCCACGUGACUUUUAGUUGAUUACCGCCUGAAGGUAUGCAAUGUGCAACACUUUCGAAGCUUUGCUGGUCUCCCAUGAUCACUGAUCGUAAAAAAUGCAUACCUUUUGGCGCUUCACAUACAACUUACAGCAACUAGUUGCGAUAAACAGUGAGACCAAACAAAAGCAAGUGAAUGUUUACAAUGCUACACACCCAUACAUGCAUAUUCACCCAUUUCUCACAUACAAACAACACCCUUGCGCUUCGGCGAAAACACAUCUCACAGCUGGAAUCGAUCUUACUACCACUUCAUAUUGCUCAUUUGUGCAAAAUCCGUACAUUCACUUUUCGUUGCAUUGUUUGCUGCAGCAACAACGAAAAACCAAAAACAAAUAACGCAUUUAUGAAUGGCAAAUCUAACUCCAAAAACCAAAGAAUUCAAACUGUAAUUAAUGGAACAAAAAAAAAACAUAAAAGCUACUAGGGUAAGACAGUGGAACCUUUGAUGCAACUUUGAUCACUUGGGCGCGCAAACUUACAGUAACUAUUAACAAAACUGCAAACAAACAAAAAAAAACAUACUUAACUUACCACCCGAGUCUUUUUGAGUACAUAGUAAAAGAAGGGAUAAGAACAUAAACACAAACAGUUUGAUGAAACAUUUCUCGCGUGUAUACCAAAGCCGAUGGAAAACAGUAAAAUAUGAAUAAAAAAAUACGAACAAAACAAAAACAAAAAUUCCCGAAAACAAACAAAAAGAUAACGAUACAGACGAAACAAUGGUAUGUAAGUAUGCGAUAGUGUAGCAUUUAAGUUAUGAUGGGUUGUUUGUUGUAUAACCUUGUUUUGUUUUUUGUGGGUAACGUAACUAUUGCCCCACUGUUGAAACAUGCAUCAAUGUAACAUCAAUCAACUGAAAGCAGAAUCCAAGCAGUAAGGUGAUAGAUAAUAAUACGCAACAAAACAAUGAAACCCAACCAACUAAACCAAACGAAAACACAUGGAAACAAACGGAACAAUCAGCCUACAGCAAACUGAAUUUUUGCAUUUGAAUAUUUGUGCGCAAAAAACCCGUUUUCUACACCUAAGUAUUUUCUCUUUCUUUUGAAGGAUCUUUGCAAAACAGGGUUGUUGCAAACACGGCACGGAUCGUAAAGACUUUUUCCGUUUUAAAUCAUUUGAGCCAAACCAUGUUUGACACACCUGCUCCAAUACGCAUCUAUCUGAACAGGAGGAAUGUAAGGGGAUGUACCGGUUCUGUAAUCCCACCAAAUUUGCCACAUCUUUGAUAAAAUGAAAACAAAAGAACAAAUUAACCGGGAAACUAAUCGAUCCGCCAGCAACGGGACAAGCGAAAAGUAAUGGUCAGUAAAGAAAAAAGUAAGGCAAAAAGGUUCGGUUUUCGGGCACGCUAACGAGAAGUUGUUAUCUAAAUAAAAAUUAAUUUUGUCCACGCAAAUGGCAUUCUUUUCGACGCAAUUGAUUAAAAUGCGCAUGAUAAGAGCAUGCAGGUUUGCCGAGAAAUUAUUCCACUUAAGGGAUAAUAUAAAGUUACAUGAUACGUAGCAACUCCGUUUCGUUAAAGUUUCAACUGUGUCGAUAACAUCACUGCACAAGAAAAAAUGACUUUAUUACAAAGCGCAGUACAGAACCAAACCUGGCAAAGACAAACACGUGUGUGAUCGUUCUAAUUGUUUGUGGAAAGCGAAAUUUGGUACGUGCCAGAAUGAAUGAAACAACAAACCCAUGCAACUUUAAAAUAACUUUACACAAUCGUUUUGCAAUCCGCCCCGCCCUUGAGCGUUUAUUCCCUCGCAACGACUUACACUUACUUCUCAGCACCGCAGCACAUAUGGAGGAGGGCGCCCAACCGCGCACAAUGGAAGUGAAAUGUGCCAACCCAUGGCCUUUCUUUCCCAUCCUCGGGUUUUGGUGCGGGUUUUGAUGGGAGCUUUAAAUUCCAAGCAUAUCAUAUCGACGGACGGCAAAAAAGGGGCAGAAUGGUCGGACAAAUAGUGUCUGUUACCGGUGGGCACAGGCAUUCUUAACACUACUUACAUAAUACGCUAAGCUAACUAGUGAGCAAAAAUGGACAGUAACGUGAGCGAAAUGAGAGAAAAGCAGAAAAAGAGAAAGGUUUUAAGGAAAAUGGCAAGGACAUUGGGAGAAGGGAAAACAAAUCCGGUUUUCGAAGGAAAUAAAUUCCGCACAGAGAACAGAUGGAAGUAGGUUGGCAUCGCACACGACAGGCAUACCGCGUCAGUGAAACUAACCUAUUUUUUGAUAAAAGUUUACAAUACGAUAAGAGAUUGCAUAAACCACUUACGUUCCAUGGCACAUGACAUAAGGACCUUUUAAUAGGACAUAAAGCAAAACACACGGUCGAUGAACGAAUGUGUCAAUGGAACGAAUGCGAUGAUCGAUUGUGAAUUCUAUUAGGUAAAGGUUAUAGUGGUGAGGUGUUGGACGCAAAAUCCAAGCAGAAAUUGUAGUGAGAGCGUAAGCAAAAAAGAGGCAGAGGGAUAAUGGAUCGUGAAAGAGCAAACUAAUGCAAAUAUUGUUUUAGUAUGAACAAUGUUUUCUAAUGGACAGGAGCUGACGGGGAAUUAAUAACGUUUAUUUUAAUUUUGGUAUGCGAUGUGCACGCUUCAAGAGAACGGAGAACUGUUUGCCAACUCGCUCAUGGUACUCUUUUUGUUCUUACUUGUAAAAAGAAAAAAAAACCCUUGAAAACUUGCAAAAGCUUGUUUGAAUGAUUAAUCAAUCAACCAUUCACAAUGUUUAAAAAUAUUAUAAACUUGAUCAUAUGUAAUUGUUUGAAACACUCUGAACACAAAAAAUGACGCUGCAUAGGAGAACUACCAAAUGAAGUACCAUGCGUCUCCAUUCGAUAGAUGAAGUACCAUGCGUCUCCAUUCUACAGAUGAAAUACCAUGCGUCUCCAUUCUACAGAUGAAGUACUAUGCGUCUCCAUUCUAUAAAUGAAGUACCAUGCGUCUCCAAUCGAUAAAUGGAGUACCAUGGAUCUCCAUUCUAUAGAUGGAGUACCAUUCUACAGAUGAAGGAUCAUGCGUCUCCAUUCUACAGAUGAAGUACCAUGCGUCUCCAUUCUACAGAUGAAGUACCAUGCGUCUCCAUUCUACAAAUGAAGUACCAUGCGUCUCCAUUUGUACAAAUGAAGGAUCAUGCGUCUCCAUUCUACAGAUCAAAUACCAUGCGUCUCCGUUCUACAAAUGAAGUAUCAUGCGUCUCCAUUCUAUAAAUGAAGUACCAUGCGUCUCCAUUCGAUAAAUGAAGUACCAUGCGUCUCCUUUGAGCAUUUCCCUACCAAAACGUUUCCUGUCCGAGUUUUCACAAAUUAACAAAUUUGCGUGAUCGCAUACAUUCAUCUCCAUGCUACAUGAUACGCUUUUUCCAAGCAGCUAAUCCAUGGCACCAAAGAAUCGUUUAUCGUUUAUUUUUUUAUUUAAGUACAGCUAAAGAAUGGAAAAAAUGCGAUAAAAAAACUCACACACAGACACAAUAGAAUAGCGUACACUGUUUGUAAAAUGAACAAAACGACUUACUACUGCUUUUUUGCAACGAAUUUCAUCUAUUGCUAUUCUAUCUACGACUAUUUGCUAACUAUAUGUGACAGUUAGAGAGCAUUUUGCAUAAAAAACAAAAGCCUUUCCGCCUUCUGAACGAAGCCCUGAAAGGAACGAUCAUUUUGUUUCUGUUCUUUACAAUUCGCCCAACGUUAUCCCUUUUUGUAGACUGCACACUUUACACCAAACACCAGUACAUACACUUUUAUAUGCACGCACGGAUGAUGGCUAGUGGGUCGAUCGAAAACCGAUCGUUUAGUUGUGUAGUACCGCGUAGGUAGACGCUUAUUAGUAGGAUAACGUACUACACAUGAACGUCCUGUUGGAGCAAACGGCUAUGGUAUUACCGGCAUGUAGACCAACCCCGGUAACGAUUUGUCAGCAUUCAGAAAGGGACGAAUAUGGCUAGGGACACAUAACUCAUACACGUGAAAACGAUAGUAAAAAAAAUAAGAAAAGAGAGAAGAUAUUAACAUUAGUGUCACUGUACAAGUAUCCUUUCGCAUGUCCGAACAAAAGUUAGGUACAGUUAAGGAACCAAACUAAAUUAAAUAAACGAAGCAGCAAAAAAAGCGCGUUUGAUGUAAAAAGGCACAAUGUUGAAUCCUGGAACAAAAUGAACCAACAGACACGUGGCGAUGUCGUGAAGAAACAGAAAAUUGCAAAGCAAAGCAAAUUUAAUUUAGGAUAAUAAUUUUUUUCACCAUUUAUUUCCUUAGUCUAUGUUUUUUUUAUAAUUUUCCUUGUUUGGAAUGGAGCAAAAGAGUGUAACAAUCGAAGCUUCGAAACACGUUUUAGUGUGUAUAUAUGGUAAGCCGUUUGCAGCAAAAAAAGGUGAAGGUUUUAAUUUUAGAAGUCAAUGUAAAUGGUUCGUUUGCUUUAGUACAUCUUGUUUAGCUAAUAAUUUCGCAAUGAGCAACACCUCCUAAAGUAUGAGAAUUUGGUUAAUUUUCGAUAGAAUAUUUUUAAUAUCUUUUUUAUGUAGAAAAAACUCUAUGAAAAUUACGUUCAUAUAAAUUUAUUUCAAUUACGUUAGCAGAGUACUACGAUUUGAAUGAUAAAAAUUAAUGAAAUUCUUGAAUAUUUCAUUUAUUAUGCGGUUCCAUUUGCGUAGAAGUCUCUUGUAUUGUACAUUGAUUAGACUAAUGCGCGUUGUUAAGAGUAUACUAUAUUAUAUUAAAAUGUUGUUCUGUUUCGAAAUGAUACAAAUUCGUAUACUUUAGGUGAAGAAUUAUUGCAUUCUUUUUUUUCUUAAAAUUCAUAUUUCAAUGCCACUUUAUAUGCACAAUACUUUUCUCACACAAAAAGAACAUGAUAGUGAUUGACUCUAUUUUCUCUAUUCAUGAAAAGGAAGCAAAGCAAAGAAAAACAACAACCGAAAUUAAGCCUAACAUCAAUAAAAAAAGUUACAUUAACAUUCCCGCAUGCACUGUACGAAACAAAAAAAAUCGAUAAAACACACUCAUACAAAAUUCACCAUUAUCGUAGCCUAACCAUAAACCAUUAUCGUCAUGCUAUUAAAACAAAAAAGGCCAUCGAAAGCCGGCAACAAUGAGCCGUUUUUUUGCAAAAUUAAAAAAAAUAAACUGAACGAUGUAUGGACAGAGAGAGAGAGAGAGAGGUCGAAAACAAACGAAUUACACUCAGCAGCGCAAAUUGUAAUAGACUUGUAGUCGAAACACAAACUAAACAAAAAGGCCGAACAGUAAACGUAUGUAUGUUCCAUUUCCUCUUUGCACUGAUAAGAAAAAAAAUAAACACACACACACAUUCAACCACUGUAAAGCAAAAAGGUCCUCCUUCAUCCCGUGUGUCCAUGGACUGGGCGGAAUGGUUCGACGUAAAGUAUCUUUUAGUUCGUUACAACAAACGAAUUUCAUUUCUUCUCCAACACGGUUUGGCAUGCGUCAAAAAGAAAUAAAUAAAAAAACAAAUAAGCAACCGCUCAAAUGCUCAUACAUAAAACAAGCAGCCGUUGUAGAAUAUAGGAAGGACCAGGAACCGGAAGGUAGCGACUAUCCUUCUCCCGUUAUGUUUACGUAUCGGUCAAGGGUAAUUCCUAAUGGGUAACCUAAAUCCUAGGGCUGUCCCAUUCCGCCCGGGGGUGGAAAAAAAGAUGAAGCAACUGUUCUCAAAAACAGAAUGUACCAUAAUUCGAAUCACAUUCCAUUGCCAUUCAAACGUGAGAAAGUUAUAAAACAAAACCAACCAAAAACUCUAACACACUCACCGAAUACAUACAGCUCACAAUCGGUUUAAAAAAAAAAGAAAUACAUAAACAGCUUACAGUACGAACCGCGUGCGUCGUGCGCAGGAAGCGGAAAAGCAAGGAGAUAAUACUCUAAAUGUCUCAACCACUGCCACAGCGUACGAAAGAUAAUUAAUGUGUAAAAGAAGCUUACAAAAGAAAACAAAAAAUACCCCGUAAGGUAUGGUGUGAAUGUGAAAAACAAAAAAAACGAAGGAGGAAAGAAAAAUGAACUAAAACAAGAAGAAGAAAUAACGAAAACACUUAAUCCAUAUACCACAACAAUGCAAUGGGUCAGCGGGUGUGUUAGUGUGGUUAAGUAAAUCGUCAUUCCCUUUAUCGUCAAACAGCAGUAGUAGAACAAAAAGGAAACAAAAAAAAACAAAUCACAGCAAAACAGCAACAAAUUUAAAUAAAUGAACAUAAGAAAGAAUACACCGAAAUUGGAACGAAAAAGGAACGAAAAAGGGAAGAAAGAAAACUAACCAGUUUCAUUAACAACUAGAAAAGAAGUAAAAUGCUCGCUGCUGGAUUGAGCUGUAGAGGUGUUCGGUUCGUUACGGUACAUUAAAAGCAACACGUGUAAUGUAGGAACAAAAUUAUGCAAAAAAAAACGAACAUGAAACGUAACAAAAAAGGAAGUAGGAAAGAGAAAGAGAGAGAGCGAGAAAAUAAAAACAACAACACUUGCUGUACGAUUAAAUCACGCUUAAUCGACGUGUGCAAAUGCGGAAUUAGAAUACCAAACAACAAAUCCAACCAGCUACAUACACACAAAUAGAGAAAGAGCGCAUAAAAGAAGAGCGAAGAUUAAGAGGAUAGGAGAAAAGAAAAUCAUACACAGUAGAAAACAAAAACGCAAAACGGGACAAGAAACGGUUAAGGAGUGCUUGAAAUUACAACAAAAAACCCGCAAAGCGCAUUGCAGAAGAAAAGGGUGAAGAAAAGAAGCAAAGAGGUGGGAAAAGAAAAAUAAAAUAAAAUAAAAAAAACGGUAAAAUAUUAAUGAAUAUUUAAAAGAUAUGUUAUGAAUAUAUAUAUAAAUAUAUACAUGAUAAAUAUUGAAACACAA